CAUCAGUGCGCGCCAGCGGAGGGGCGGAUCAGUUUAACUUUAAAGGGAUAGCUAGCAUAAUGUUACGUGUUACUUGCAACAUCCAGUAAUAAACAUUAUUGUGUUGUACAGAAGUAUUCUGUAGAAAUGACUGAGUUUUGCAUGGAGUAACUAAAUGGGACGUCAGAGUUGAUGAUGUCAAAGCUGUCUCUGGGAGGAAAGCAGUCCACUGGAAAGAUAAAGAACUGGGUGGAACCAUCAUUUGGUGAACUUUUGGGAGGUUCUGGAGUGAAAAGGACCUUGAAAAAAGGACCACUUUCAGGGGAAAACAAGACUUCCAGGUGGCCAUCAACUAGGGAGCAAACAGGAAAAACAUCCAGGAAAAGGAAAGUAGAUGCGUCCGACAACCAAAUAAGUGUACCAAGUGAAUCGUGUAAAUCUGACCAAGAUGAGCCAUGGGUGGAUAUGCAUGCUCCCCAAUCACAGGCUGAAUUGGCAGUCCACAAGAAGAAAGUCGAGGAAGUUGAAAGCUGGUUGAGAGUUCAUUUGGACAAAUCAAAAAAGGGUGGCGCCAUUCUGUUGCUCACUGGCCCCUCUGGAUGUGGGAAGACAGCCACUGUUCAAGUUCUUGCCAAGGAUUUGGGUUUUCAGAUCCAGGAGUGGUCAAAUCCCUCCACCAUGUCUCAGUACAAAGCAGAGGAUUUGUUCACACAAAGCUUUGAUCCAGAUUCAAGGUUUAAUCGUUUCCAUGGCAGCUCGCAAACAGAGUUAUUCCAAGAGUUCCUGCUGAGAGCCAAUAAAUACAACCGUCUACAAAUGAGUGGAGAGAAACUGACUGAAGACAGAAAAAUAAUUCUAAUAGAGGAAUUUCCAAACCAGUUCUAUAGGCAACCAGGGUGCUUGCACGAUAUACUCAGGCAAUUUAGUAAGACUGGCCGGUGCCCUCUGGUCAUUAUUGUGUCUGAUAGCCUAAGUGGGGACAAGAGCUCCAGACUUCUCUUUAAGGAUGUUCUGCAUGAACUCGAAAUUCACAACAUUUGUUUUAACCCUGUGGCCCCCACCAGCAUGAUAAAGGUUCUAGGCCGUAUCGCGACCAUCGAGGCAGGAAAGAGUUCAGGCAGGAUCUCUCUUCCUGAUAAAGCUUCUUUAGAGCUUCUCUGCUCUGGAAGCUCAGGAGAUAUUCGCAGUGCCAUCAACAGUUUGCAGUUUUCCUUGUUCACUGACAAUUGUCUGGAGAAGAGCCUAUGGCCUUUGAAACAGAGCAAGUCCUCUUCUGCAAAAACUGCUGUAAGGGCUAAGGGGAGGAGCAAGUCUUCCAAAUCUACAAGCAUGCAGGGGGAAAGCCCAGCUAUUGGAGGAAAAGAUGCCUCACUUUUCCUCUUCAGAGCUUUAGGGAAAAUCCUCUACUGCAAACGUGAAAGCUGUGAAAGUUCCCAAACACCCAAGCUGCCUCCACACCUAACAGAGCAUCAGAGGGACAAACUGCUUGUUGAUCCAGAACUUGUCAUUGAGCGUUCUCACAUGUCUGGUGAGUUCUUUAACCUUUACCUGCAUCAAAACUAUCCUGACUUCUUCUCUGACAUGGAGGAUAUAGCACGGGCCAGCGAGUACCUCUCUGAUGCCGACUUCCUGACAGCAGAAUGGAGUUCAAGGUCUACCAUGUUGGAGUAUGGAUCAUCAGUGGCCACUAGAGGGCUUAUGCACUCCAAUUCUUCCCGAGCACAAGCCAGCAGCCAAUCCACUGCCGGUUUCAAGCCUCUUCAUAAACCCCAUUGGUUACACAUAAACAAGACGUACCGAGAGAAUUACCUGACUGCACAGUCGCUCUUCAUAAAUUUCUGCCUUGCCCCUGUGAGCCUCCUGACAGAACUGCUGCCUUACCUCGCAAAGCUCACCAACCCAAUGAGGAAUCAAGCUCAGAUAGCCUUCAUUCAGAAUGUUGGCCAUCUUUCUCAAAGGAGGAUUCCUGGCAGGCUUAGACUUGAAGCACUUGGUGACAAAGAUCCUGGCAUUUUGGAUACUGACAGUGAAAAUGAAGAUUCUUCUGGUGCUCCAUCUCUUGAUCCCGGUACCACAUCAGGGAAUGCCACAACUGAGUCUAAUCUUCCAAACAGCCAAGAUCCUGCUGGGGAACUUUCUGCUAGCCAGCCCCAGCCCACAAGCACUGAAGCCCUUCUAGAUGAGGAAGACUUCUUAAUUGAGGAAUUUGACAGUGAUUGACCAAUCACGUGUCAUAGUUUAAAUUUACUUAUUUAAUAUCACUCGCUGCCUUGUACCUUUAGGACACAGUUUAUUCUUUAGUUUUCUUUUAUUAGUAAGUUUUUGAUAUUUAUGUGCUUCAACACAAUGUGCCGCUGUAGAGAAUUGUUCAUAUGUUCUUGUGUUGAAAUUUAUGUCUUCUGUACACUGUAGCAGUUUGAUCUGAGGGUAUUAGUGAAAAUGUCUGUAAAAAAAGAACAUAGCAAAAUAAUUUACAGCCACAAUAAAAGUUUUAUGUUGUCAAAGUAUAACAUAAAAAUGCUCUGGGACUGAAAAGUAGAAACAUCUAUACUUCCGUCAAAGAAGUGAUUGCAAUAAACUAGUGUUUGCAAGUUU